CUGAAAGGUAAGUGGACUUUCUGUGUGGCUUUGACCGAGAAGAGAGCCCUGGUGGCCAUUCUCACCAUCCCAAGAGAGGCUCCCUCCAGCGUCUGGGGCUCCUAUUCUUGCCUGAGUGGGUCUCUCUUCCUCUCUCUCUCUCUCUUUCCAUAUAUAUAUAUAGGCACCUAAUGCUGGUUGGAGAAAUAAAUUGGGCGGCUGCCAACAUGAUAUGUACCAGCCUUGGGUAACACGCAGGGAUUUCAAUUUAAUAUAUUUCUUUCCAUCAUAGUGCCUGUAGAAGCUAAAAAUACGGGUUUUUUUGCUCUUAGCUAAGAAAUCAAAUUCUCUCGUUGGCUAGUACAAUUAUUAGAUCGAAAAUUCAAGUCAGACCAUAACAAACAAUAAUGGUAGUAAACUGCCACUGGCCCUAACACUGUGUGGGACCUGGGGGAAGGAAGCAGAAAUUAUAAAUGUAAACAUUUAUGAACAUCUCCAAAUGGUUAUUUUCGUCUUACAUGAUAACAACUUGCUUGAAAUCACUGUCAUCUGAUGGUCUUAUUUAAGAAACUAUAACUCAAACAAGAUUUUCUUCGAACAUAACUUUUAAAAAACAAUUCCCCUUUUAUUUUUUGGCUCAUAAGCUUUCAUUUUCACCUUUCAGAUCCUUUUCCUGAGGAAAUGCAAGGGAAAUGUUAAAAUCUAUCCUCUCCCUGGAGGUCUUUCUUUGUAUAUGUAAAGGAGAAACUUUCGGGGCUUGGAUGAUUGGGGCACAGUCAGAAGGCUUCUGGGCGAACCUCCAUCGGGUGGGCAGCUGCGGCUUUCCAUGGUGUACUCUAGGCUCUGUGGAGGGCGACCUUUCCCAAUUUUUUCCUUUUGGGGGAAGUGAGGGCAGGAAAAAAAAAUCGAGAAGCAGGGAAGAAAUUAAGGAAGUCAUUGCCAGAUUCCUAGGGGGGGUAUUGCCACUCUCCCCAAUUCCUGAACCCCAUCAGCCUGCAUUCACCAGUUUUACAGGUCUUAUAAACACCUUCCAGAAAUUCAACCAAAUCGUAUAAAUAGUCUUUCUUCAACCUCUACAGAAUUGAGGAUUUUAAAGCUAAUUCAGGGGAUUUUACAAGCCCAACAAAUACAGUGGUAAAAAUGCCAUUGGAAAGAUAUCACAUUUUACAAAACGAGAUUGAUCCAUGUGCUGUAAAAGUCAACUAUCUCCAAGGCACACCUCUCAGGGGAGAGACAACAGCCCAGCACAGGCUUUUCAUGUCCUGUCUGGGGAAGGCCAGGCGUCGGACCGCGGUAAAAGCAGUUCAGACGAUUUCUGGAGCCGGUGAGACAACUGUUCCCGGUUUGGGGGCGACUGCGGGUGGCAGGCAGCCGGAACGGUCCCAGGAAAGGCAAGAAAGAGGGCACAUCCCAGGACAGUGCGUGCUGUCGGGCGCCCCGGAAACCCAGCACAUCAAUUAUCCCGCAGCCUUGCGCCGGCCGAGUUGCCCUCUAUGCCUGGCUGGACCAGGCACCCUGGGUCGCCCGCGCCUCUCGAAUGAGGACAGAGCUUCCACCAGUAGAUCUGUCUCAGCUCUGAGCUGUCCGGGUGACGGAGGGCGAGUCCCGGGGCGCUGGGUGAGGGGAGCAGGUUCCCGGCUGGCUUCGGAGUUAGUCUCACGGCCACUCCUCUGCAGGUCCCUUUCUCGUUCAAACCAGUAGCUUCUGGCCUCUCGGUUCCUGAGUUCAAAGACGGGGCGGGGGUGCACAGCUUGUGGGGGUGUUCUGAGGCCAGGCAGUCGCUGGCCAUUGGCGGGGAGUCCACUGGGACUCAAAGGAGACAUAUCCUAUUGUGGGCGGAGGGGGCCGGCGGGGAAGAGACUACGUUUGGCGACGUCCUGGUCAGCUCAAGGUGAGCCUUCCGCUCUCAGCGGCCAGGCCCAGGCCCUCGGUGGCAGUGGGAAAGGCGGGACAGAAGGGAUGCACCGAUUCCUAAGGCGCAGGAAGGCCUGGUUUCGCAGAGCCCCCUCUCCAGCUCCGGAACCCGCACCCACUGGUAGGGAAUUGCGGGGGGAGGGGCAAACUCAGGGCCUGCCGGGAGGGAGGCCGGCGGGGAGCAAAGCCACCCUUGUCACCGCCCCUCCCGGCGCAGAGCUGUCAGGUUUCCUGUUUGGAGAGAAAAAACCAGCCAAAAUCCAGCAGGGCAAAAAAGGAGGAGGAAAGAGCGGGCCUGGUGGGGCCUUUGCUGCGGCCUGGACGCUGGUGCCCAGACCCCGGCCCCGGCCGGAGCCGCGCGGCCCUGCCCGCCGGUGCCCGCCGCCGGCGUUAGGGAGGACAGCCGGGCCGGCUGGCUGUGCGCGCCCAUUAAUCUGCCGCGCGGGCGGCGGGCGGGCGGGCUGGGGGCUGUUUGUAACUUUGCUGCCUCGGUCGCCGCGGUCCCCGGGGAGCGGGCUCCGGCGCUCACUCCCAUUGGCCGCCGCCGCGUCAGCUGGUGCGAUUUGCUGCUGUCGCUUUUGGCGUUCGGCCAUCCAGAAACAAACCAGUUCGAUGACUACUAAUAGUUAUAGCCAGAUGUACUAAUACACAACAAAUCACAGUCCUGCAGAGGGGCGCGCAAAUGAGUUCCUAUUUUGUGAAUCCCACUUUCCCCGGGAGCCUGCCCAGCGGCCAGGACUCCUUCUUGGGCCAGCUGCCCCUCUACCCGGCCGGCUAUGACGCGCUGAGGCCCUUCCCGGCCUCUUACGGGGCGUCGAGCCUCCCGGACAAGACAUACACCUCACCUUGUUUCUACCAACAGUCCAACUCGGUCCUGGCCUGCAACCGGGCGUCCUACGAGUACGGGGCCUCGUGUUUCUAUUCUGAUAAGGACCUCAGUGGCGCCUCGCCCUCGGGCAGUGGCAAGCAGAGGGGCCCCGGGGACUACCUGCACUUUUCUCCCGAGCAGCAGUACAAACCCGACAGCGGCAGCGUGCCAGGCAAAGCCCUCCAUGACGAAGGCACCGACCGGAAGUACACGAGCCCUGUUUACCCCUGGAUGCAGCGGAUGAACUCCUGCGCGGGUGCUGUGUACGGGAGUCACGGGCGCCGGGGCCGCCAGACCUACACGCGCUACCAGACGCUGGAGCUGGAGAAAGAGUUCCACUUCAAUCGCUACCUGACGCGGCGCCGCCGCAUCGAGAUCGCCAACGCGCUCUGCCUCACCGAGCGCCAGAUCAAGAUCUGGUUCCAGAACCGCCGCAUGAAAUGGAAAAAGGAAAAUAAACUCAUCAAUUCCACACAGCCCAGCGGGGAGGACGCUGAGGCAAAGGCGGGCGAGUAGAC